AUGAAAUCGCGGUUUUCACUGAAGAAGACCAACUGCGACUUCCUCCGAUCUGGCCGCUUUCAAAAUUUAAUUGCAUCAAGCAUUCUUUUUUGUUGUCCUGGUAUAUAUCUCGCAGUUACUGGUUUGGGCGCUGGAGGCGGUCACCCUUCUGCAUUUCAUCUCGCAGAUGUUACCAACACUCUACUGUAUGCCUUGUUUGCUGUAUUUGGAUGGUGUGGUGGACCUCUUUUAAAAUUCAUAGGCCCACGAUGGGCUUUGGCGAUUGGAGCUACGGGCUAUCCUUUUUAUAUCGGCGGUCUUUGGUAUUACGAUCACACUGGAAAGCAGGGGUUUCCAAUUUUUACAGGUGCUUUUCUGGGUGUAGCAGCUGGUUUCCUUUGGUCUGCAUCAGCAUAUGUCGGUCUUGCCUAUUCGUGUCUCCACCAAAAAUCUCAAUUCAUGUCCACACAAUGGAGUAUUCUCGCUCUGGGCAGUACGGUUGGAUCAUUUAUUGCCUUCGGUCUCAAUUAUCGUUCAAAAACUACUGGUGUUCCUGAAGCAGUAUACAUUAUUUUUAUCAUCAUCAUGUUUGUGGCGGUCCUUUUAGCGACCUUGUUUAUGCAAGAUCCAUCCAAGGUAAGGAAAUCCGACGGAUCUAAUGCUCUUCCGCCAAAAGAAACGGCAUUCUCACAAGAGUUGAAAGGUCUUCUCGCCGCCGCCAAAGAUUGGCGUUUACUAGCGCUCCUACCGGCUGCUUUUGCCUCUCAAAGUACUGUGGCUUUUGCAUCUCAUCUGAAUUCUUACUACUUUUCAUUGCGUACACGGUCCUUAAACAACGUUUUGUAUUGGUCUAUCCAGUUGUUUCUUCCUUAUUUGCUUACGGCCAUCUUGGACGCGAAACGCUUUCAGCGUAGAAACCGCGGCCUUUUUGGACUCUCUAUUCAGGCCGUUAUUCUCAUCGUUACUUUUUGUGGAGAAGUUGCCUGGAUUUCAAAAAACAAUAUUGAUCUCCAUCAAACCUCGCCCAAUCUUGACUGGACUGACCCCGGUUAUGGGAAGGCUAUCGUUCUUUAUUUGCUUAUGGGAGCCCAGUAUUGCACAUCUGUCAUCUCUAUACAAUGGUGUGUUUCACUUUUGGUGAACGAUCCGAAUAUGUAUGCCAGUUACGCUGGCUUGUACAAGGGUACCACAGCUGCUGGAAUGUGCGGUUCCUUUGGUAUCGAUGCGGCUGGUGUUUCUUUUAGAAACCAAGCUAUCAUUUAUCUUGUAUUUAUAAUUAUGCUGUCUACUUCCCAGCUCAGUAUAACGGCACUCUGUGGAAACAAAUCUUCUCUUUCUGAAGAAGAGCUUUCCAAAUCUCCCAUUGUCAUUGAAGGGUCCGACUAUCCUCAAAAUUCCAGUUCUUCUGAGAGUGACAAAAAGGAAAAACUCGAAAAUUCCUUGUGA